AGAAGGGAGCUCCUCGCUUGCUGGUAUGUCUGCAAAGCUGACGGACCUGCUGUGUGAUUUGCACGCUUUCCCACAGGAGAAGCAGCAUUUUAACUCAUCCCUGAUCACUUCAAAGCUGAUUAUUUCUGGUCUCUUGAGCUUUUAUGAUCAUUUUAUUAGACUUCCUGGCUGUGCUUCAGUUGCGGGUGACUGAAUAUAGUCUUCUCGGCAUCGCGGUGAUAGUAGUAAUGUGAAGUUUAAAGAGCACCUGCAAAGUCGUGUAGCAGGGAAGAAACUGCCAUGCCUGUGGGAAUCUUCCGGGUAUGCCUAGUGGUGAUUACAGCUAUUGUCAACCACCCGCUCCUCUUCCCUAAAGAGAAUGGCACUGUCCCCGAGAACACGGAAGAAAUCAUCCGAAAGAUGAAGGAGCGGGAGGAGAGCCUUCGGCUGGAGAAGUUGCGCUUGGAGCAGGAAAUUGCACACCAGGAAGCCACGCAGAAGACUCUGGAAAAGGCUGCAGAGGUGGUGGAGGAAAGCAAAGAGGAAAAGGUCCGAUGGGAUAUGUGGACUGCCCUUUCCAUGGUCAUCUUCCUGCUGAUCGAGCUCUGGAGGCAGGAUUUCCAGGAAGGGAUUUGGCAGGACACAGGAGGGGAAGAGGAUGACAUGGCUGUCCUGGGGAAAGUGUUUAAAGGUGUGGCCUUCCCUGACAAGGCCGUCUUGGCCAGCUUCUAUGAGAAGCGCAUCCUGGGUACCACCGGAGACAUGGCCAGGAUGCGGGAGAUGGUGGAAGGCUUUGCAGAUGACCUGUUGGAAGCCUUGAGGAGUGUUUGUAACCGGGACGCUGACAUGGAAGUGGAGGACUGCAUGGGUGUGGGGAGCAUGUAUGAGAACUGGAGAGUGCGUAAACCUUUUGUCUGUGAUCUGAUAGUGCCUUUUGCGCCCCCAGAGCCAUACUGUUUUCGGUCCCAGACCUGGUGCUCUGGUGACUCUUUUCCCCCAGAUGAACAAGGUUAUGGCACUAUCAAGGUAUGUAGGGCAGAUGAGGAUGUGACGGGUUGCAUCUGUGACAAGACUAAACUAGGGGAAGAUAUGCUGUGCCUCCUCCACAGCCAAGCCAAUACUACCAGGCCCAGCAGUGAGAUGGAAGACCUCCUGUGCUUCAAAAAUACUCAAUAUCUGGAUGCUGAUCAAGUCAUGAAGUGGUUCCAGAUUGCAGUCACCAAGGCCUGGAACAGAAUCUCCCACAAGUAUGAAUUCGACCUCUCCUUCAGCCUCCUGGACUCCCCAGGAGCCCUGAAGAUAAAAUUUAGGUCAGGGAAAUCGAUUGCCUUCAACCUCACCCCUGUGGUGCAGUACGAGAACUCCGAUGUUUACUUCAUCUCUCAUUUCCCUCGGAGUGGCCUGGCAGCAGACCUCCCCUCCAGCACUCACUGGUUUCUCACCUUCGCAGUGUAUGAGAGGAGGUUCAUCCAGCUGGUCUCCAAAAUGCUGCCUGCUAAUGCCUGCCAUGUCAGCUGCCUUCAGAUCCUCUCCUUCCUUCAUGGGAAGCAAUGCAGCCUCACAGGUCCAAGCGGGCUUACCAACUACCACCUGAAGACAGUAAUGCUGCAUCUUCUGCAGGCACGUCCCAGUCAGGACUGGGCCCCAGAGAAGUUGGAGGCCCGUCUACAGGACAUGCUGAAAUUCCUGGAGAAAUGUUUGCAUGAGAAGAAACUCUACCACUUCUUCAUUGGCAAUAGGAAGGUACCAGCAGAGCUGGGCUUCCCCAUCAUAUUCCAGAGGGCUGAGCCUCUCAACCUUUUUCGUCCCUUUGUGCUACACAGGGAUGUUUACAGGAAGACAGUGGACACAUUCCACGAGAUGCUCAGGAACAUGUCUGCACUGAUAAAUGAGUACACAGUGCACAUUCCCCUUGCACACACCAAUGGGAUCCAUAAGGAAUCCCUUUAACCAAAGCCAGCAGGAAGACACUUGUUCCUCUAAGCACAAGUCCAGAGUGCAGCUUUCUGAAGCCUCCUGGAGACAACUGACUUUGCCAGUACAGCUUAUUGUCUGCAGCUGAACCAGUCCUGGGCCAUGGUUUCUGCAGUAAGGGAGAGGGGAUGGGGGGAGGAUAGGGAGAAACUGGAACAAGUGGUAUAAAAGUAAGUUUCUGCUCCACUGGUGUGCUGGCUGGGUUUUAUGCAGCUAAGAAUAUAUUUUUCUAUUGUGCCUCAGUCAUGCUACAGUGGUGGUGAGCAACAAAUACGACUAAUUUAUUCAAAUGCCUGCAAUGCAAACAGUGGUGGUGGCCAAAUACUUAAUUUCCUUUGGAAGGGGGAGAUAAGAAAAGGGUGGAGGAAUCAGAGACAGGAUCUUGGGAUUGCAGGAGCCUGUCUGCUUGCAGACAGCAGGAGCUCUGCGACUGAUGGGAAGCACAACAUAAGACUCAGUGCUGAUGUGGGGAGAAGGGUCAUGCACAAGAUAUGGACUGGAUGUUGAUCCUUAAAUCAACCACAGCUCUUUAAUCAAAAGGGAACUGUAGUUAUAAAAAAAAGCCUUCUUGAUAGGACUUGCAGCAGUAGUUUAAAUGGCUUGUCCUGUCCUUCAAAAAAUACCCCUGCACAUUUCUUCUCCCUGGGGAGGAUGUAGCAGAGCAGGCAGCAGGGUCUGUGUCUUCAGACCAUUUCAUUAGAGUCUUCCAUUUUCUUCAUGGUAACAUGGCUAGCAGGUUAUAUUCCUGGCCAUUUUCCAUGGAUAAAUGGAUAGAAACCUUUUUUUUUACCUUAGAUAAAGGAGAGGAACCAUUAUUGGGUUCUGGCAUUUUGGCUUAUUUGUUUGUUUUCCUUACCUCAGGGCAGCAAGGCUGAGAACAGCCAAGAGAGAAAGGACUGCUACAGGCUUUGCUUUAAUAAAAGAAGCAGUUCUCUAAAAUUAUCCUGUAAUGAAGCCAAUCUCAGCAGUCUGGUAGCAGGAGGGAACAAUCACCCUCCAAAUGAGAGUGUGGUUUUAAUGAGGCCAAGACCAGCAGGAUGGCUCUGAGUUAGGAGGAGGGUAUGGAAGAGGUGCACACGUAGCAGAGCUUGGCAACACUGUCUCUGCAGCUGCCUUGUGGUCUGUGUCCCAUCCCUUCUGCUCCCAUACCCAGGCAAAAGCUACCUGUUUGCCUCCAUGCAGGGUGUCCUCAGUCCUUUUAAAGACUGCUGCUCUGAUGAGAGUCUGAGGAGCUGCUGCUAGUAGACUGUAAUUUGCUGAGCCGGGAGUGCAAUGGGGAAAUGACAGCUUCUGCAGGCUUUUAAGCCAGGGGAGAAUCUUGAGCCAUGUGCUAAAAACCCCAAUGCAGAAAUGGAGGUGCCUGAACUCCCUCAGGAAGCAGCACGUUAGCGCUGAGCCAGUGGGCUGCCCAGCCCUGCUGAGGUGGCCUUGCUGGAGGAGAGGGCUCAGUAGCUCCUCACUCGCCUUCGUGUGCUUUGUACAGGAUCCAAGCCAGGGCCUCAGUGCAGAUCUGCCUUGUGCUGGUCCCAGAGGCCUGGCCUCCAGUGGUAAGGGGCAUUUCCUACCAUUUUCUUACACUAGGCUUUCCUGCAAUGUUUUACACUAGGGCUUCUCUGAAACCUGUUUACAAGAGGGUGGUGGUUCUGGGUGGUGAGAGCCAUCAGGGAUGAUAUUACCAUGACUCCACAGGUAUCUUUUUAUCAGUCCUCUCUAUCAAUCACAUGCAUCAGAGCAAAGAUUUAAUCCUGUAUCACUACUAGGGACAGCAUAUAGCGUGAGGCUUAUUAUCCAGCCUGUUGAUAAGCAAACUUUCCAUAGACGUGUCCUCUGCCUUUUCCUAGUAAAAACCAUUUCACCACCUCCUUCAUGUCUGCUCUUGUCUGUCCCUCCACCAGUGAGGGACAUUUCAUGCACAAAGGCAGAGAAAGCUGUAACUCCAGUUUUCACACCUGGUUUAUAAGAAAGUGCAAGUGGGGACAGGGAACUCUGCUCAAAUUGCUGCUCCCCUUGGCUUUUAUCAUCACAGCUAUAGGGUGGUUAAGAAAUAUUUCUCAGCAGAAAGUAAGGGGUAGGAAGCAAAAAGGGAGAAAAGAGGCUGGUGGGUAGUGCCAGUAGGAAAGAGUCAUGGAUCAUCAGUGCUUGCUUCAGCACCCUUGGCGAUGCGUGCCUGGGAGACUGCCAGGGCUGGCAGAGCAACAGGGCAGGACUAAUUGCUAACGCCAAGGACUGCUGUAAGCCCCUGGCUUUCAUUAGCACAACCAAGCAAGCCUUCCCCAGUAAGAAAGAGGCCAGGAGCAAUCUCGGAGAACAUGGCGAGCAGGUAGUGACAAGCAGAGGUACAGGGAAAGCGGGUGAAUACUGGAGCCUGGAGGCUACAUUGGAAGCUGUGUAAGUUGUUUGCAAACCCAAGCAAUUUGACAUUUUUGCCUGCCCAGGUUUACUGCACAGUGCCUGUAGUAGAUCCAGCUUUGCAUGGGCUGCUGGCAGGCAGGUCAUGCUGAAGCAGUUGUGGUCAGAUCUUCUAAAUGUGUUCCCUGCCUAGCCAGCGAGAAAUAAAAAUUUCUCUGCCACUUCCUGUCAGGAGUCUAAAUUUAGCCCGUCGAAAGAACAGAAACAAUUUUGUGACCCAGGUCUCUCAGGAAAUGACAUUCAGGGUUGAAAAAUAACUUUUAUAUAAAGUUGAGCAGGGGGAGGAUGAGAAGAAAAGGCUGUUGAACAGAAUAAGGUAACUCCCCUGUUAAAAUGGCAGAACAGAGCUUUGUAACACCAGUCCUACAGGCUUGUAAACAUGCCUAAACUCAUCUUUACACAGCUCCGAGCACUGCUGCUCAGACUCAAAGGGAACCUAAACUGAUAAGUAGAUUGAAUCUUUUGUUCUUCAUUUUCUGUAUUUGUGUGCCUGUUCUCUCUUAAGCCCAAACUGACCCUGAAGUGUUCCCAUGGGGUUUAGCUGAACCCAAGCUGGAGCUGAACCAAGGAAUUUAUGGAUUUGCUUCCCCUGAAAGCAAAUUGCUUGGCUUAAUUUUCCUACAUGCAAUAUGCUCAUUUUGCCCUGAGCACCUUUUAAGAGGUCUGUUCUGUGCAUUUAGGCUGUGAGGGAGCCCACUCAUACCUAUCCAGGGGGAGAAGUGCUCUGUGAUUAUAAGCUGUGCUCCAGUAAGCCUCAGGGCAGAGAUCUUCUUUGUAAGCCGUAUAGCAGUAUAUAUACAUGUCCCAUCUGAGAAGAUGUGGGUACACAGCAUUUCUCUGGAUCAGACCUCUGCAGUGGUACAAGGAGGCCAUGAUGUGAAGCACAUUCCUUGGACUGCCUUGUCUCUCCUGUAUUAAAUCUUUUCCCACCAAGUACUAGCCCUAUCAAUAAAAGGCCACACUCACAUUUCAUAAAAAAGGUUUAUAAGACAGUUCAGCUCCAUGAGCUGUCAGCCAGUAAAAAUGUCCUAAGACGUUUUAGGGCUGCCCAUGUUUAGUUCUGCCUUGAUUGAAGUCUGGCUGGGCAUUCAUAGGAAGCAGCUUUAAAGGGUGGGGAUGGAAGUGGGCGUUUGUGGCUUAAAGUGAAUAACAUUCUUUUGAAACCAAACAGCGUAUGACACAUGAGUAACAAACACACAACAUCUCUUUGGUAAUUCCUGUAUCUCUCUGAGAGAUCCUAAGGAAGGGUAAACUGCCUGUCCCAGACCCCUUUCUUGUGUCUCAGGGCUGUUCUUGCUAUUUGCUAACCAGGUGAAUUAAACAGAUGAACUCCUAUUGCCUUCUGCCAGUUUCCAGCCACUCCCUCCACCCUCAACUUGUGGUUUUAAUAUUUUAUUAUAGGCUCUGUCAAAGCAAUGGGAUUAGUGAUGGCUUGAUAGCAGCCACUGAUCUACUACAUAGCCUCAGGAGCCAUUUGCCUUUAGGAAAUGUCUUGGUCUAAGAUUAUUAUUGUUCAGGUGCCGAAUGUCUUCUAAGGGGAGCUGUUGGUAGUUCACUCUUUAGUAUGUGGCAACCAUAGAAUAUGGUUUCUCUCUCUCCGAGUUGCUCUGUACACAGGUCUUAUGGGCGUAUAAAGAUGUAUUUCAGCAAAGAGAUCCAAAAUUUUAUCCAGUG